AUGUUCAAAUUGCUCAUCAUUGGCAAUAGUUCUGUUGGAAAGACUAGCUUCCUCUUUCGGUACGCUGAUGAUUCUUUUACUUCAGCUUUCGUGUCUACCGUAGGAAUUGACUUCAAGGUCAAAACGGUCUUCCGUCACGACAAACGCGUCAAACUACAGAUAUGGGACACCGCAGGUCAAGAACGGUACCGCACAAUUACAACCGCUUACUAUCGAGGUGCAAUGGGUUUUAUUCUUAUGUAUGACAUAACAAACGAAGAAAGCUUCAACAGCGUUCAAGAUUGGGUAACACAAAUAAAGACAUACUCUUGGGAUAACGCGCAAGUCAUACUAGUGGGGAAUAAAUGCGAUAUGGAAGAAGAGAGAGUCGUCAGCCAGGAGCGUGGGAGGCAACUCGCCGAACAGCUCGGCGUAGAGUUCUACGAGACCAGCGCUAAAGAAAAUAUUAAUGUUAAGGCCGUGUUCGAGCGGCUGGUUGACAUAAUCUGCGACAAAAUGUCGGAAAGCCUCGACUCAGAGCCGGCGAUGCUCGCGGGAGGAGCUCGCGGACAGCGUCUCACAGAACAGCCGCAAGGCAACAACAACCCAAACUGCAAUUGU